AUUCUUUUUAUUUUUUACAAUAAAAUGAUAACUCACUCUUUAUUUUUAUUAACAACUUUACUGGUAAUAAUACAACCACAAGCAUCAUUUUUAAGCAGUAAUUAUGCCCAAGCUCUGCCAGUGUCAAUGAUGAAUGUUUUUUCAUACAACAACCCUUUAAGCGCCCUCUUCCGAAAUACAGAAUUUAAUAGCAGAAACAAACCAUUGUUUUCUUCCUCUCCAACAUCAGAAUCCUCCUCUAGAACAGAAUUAAGAGAACAACAACACCAACUACCAGCAUUUGAUAAUAGAGAAAUACAACAGACAAAACAUCCAAUAGAAAAACAAAAAACAGAAACAAAACUUGGAGCGUUAAAAUUGUGCCCACCAGGUGGCCGGUCAUUUUUCGAAGCGUUUGAACUGGCCUGUCCUAUGCGGAAACGAAAAAAGCGGCACACAAUAUUUGGGAUAAGUACACGAUUUGAAAAACCAAAAAAUAAUUUAAAAAUAAAGGAAGACUAUUUUGAUGAUCUAGAAGAGGAAGACUUACAAGAAAAUCAACAAGAAGACCAAAAUAAAUUAAAAUAUAGACCAGCAAAUAUUAGUGAAAUUAUGCGAAUAUGUUGUGUUAAUGGAUGUGAAUUUACCGACUUUUUUCCACAUUGUGGUCCUUUUUCGACAUGGUGA